GUUGAAUGUGGUGGCAGUAAUGAGAUACUUUGAUAUCAGAAGCUGAUUGAUGGAUUCUGAUAACAAGAAGUUUGGAAGAGGGCCAAGAGAACUUACAGGUGCUGUAGAUCUUAUAAGUCAAUACAAGUUGUUGCCGCACUAUGAUUUCUUCUGCAAGAGACCACUUCCUGUUUCAGUAUCAGACGCUCACUACCUUCACAAUGUGGUUGGGGACACUGAUAUCAGAAAAGGAGAAGAAAUGCAAUUAGGCCAGCUUAUUCAAGAUACAUCUAUAUCAAGGGAAACUAGAUCACGUAUACAACCUUUUGACUUAGAUGUCCUUCGGGAAGCUUUUCAACUGAGGGAAACAGCUCCUGUUUUUCUUCCUCCAUCUGAGAAGGGUAGUCCUACCGUUGCUGGGAAAUCUAAAGGAGAAUCUAAAGACAAGGAGAAGAAGCAUAAAAAGCACAAGGACAAGGACAGAGACAAAGACAAGGAUAAAGAGCACAAGAAGCAUAAACAUCGGCAUAAAGAUCGAAGCAAAGACAAGGACAAGGAGAAGAAAAAAGAUAAAAGUGGUCAUAAUGAUUCUGGAUAUGACCACUCAAAAAGACAUCAUGAGAAGAAGAGAAAGCAUGAUGGAGAUGGAGAUGGCAAUGACAUUCAUAAACACAAGAAAAGUAAGCACAAGAGCUCAAAGAUAGAUGAAAUCGGAGCAAUAAAGGUAGCAAGCUGAAGAGUGGUGCUUGCUCUUUUAAUUUUAUGACCAAUAUGUAAUUAUAGCUAUGAAAAGAGCAUAUUUGAACUUACUAAAGAUUGCUGAGAAGAUAAAUUAACCUGCCGAAGUGAAUUCCAGGUAAUAUUUGGUGUCUCUGUAAACACCAAAACAAGCAAUUCUUAGUCUUUUAGGAAAAGAAAAUUGGGAG